ACAACUCUGAAGUUACUGUGGAACCCUCUGACAAAUAUGACUAUGAGAGAGCGUCUAGUCGCACUCUCCCAGGCUCCAGUGAAGCCUGAUGCUCUUAUCAUUGGGGCCGCCACAUGGCCAAUCUUGAGUAACCGGGCCAGUCCAAAGGCGCUGUACAUGUACAAAGUGAACUUGACAUCUAUGGCUCCAGCGCUGGAGAGGAUGGCUCAGUAUGGUGACGUGUACUGGCACAUGCAAGAGCCAAUGAACUGGACAAAUUUAGACCAGAGAAGGAAGGUGAUCACAAACGAGCAGAUUGACCUGUAUAAUGAUGCAGCUGCAGAAGCCAUCGGCAUUGGAACCUCCCGCAUCAAGCCCUUUGUAGUAUCCCGUCUGGCAGGUCUGCAAAAGCUGCACCAGGUGUGGGAUGGACUGCACAUGCCCGGCAGCAGUUUGAAAGUGGCAGCUAUGGCCUUUAUGAACAGUCUGUGUAACAAAGUGAUUCGGCCCAACGGCGCGUGCUGCCAGGACACUCCCCCAGUCACCCUUCUCCAGAAGAUGGUGCUCUGUGUCUUUUCAGGAACAACUGUACUGUUUGUGGUACUUUACGUCAGAGGGAGACGACCCCAUCAAAAACCUGUGACCACAGACGAGGAGAGUUUAGAGCAGGAGAAGUCAGCUACAGCUGCUGGGCCUUUAAGGGCCGAGGCAGCGUGUGGCGCCCUGUGUAAAAUGGGGCUCAUCAUGGCCUAUUUCUACCUGUGUGACAAAGCAGAUGUGUUUAUGAAAGCACAGAAACAAUACAGCCACUCUGCCUUCUUCAUCCCUCUCAUCUCUUUGUUUGUACUUGGACUCAUGUUCUGCAAGAGCACCAAAGACAGCCGUGUGCUCAACAGGGAGCAGACAGAUGAGUGGAAGGGCUGGAUGCAGUUGGUCAUUCUCAUCUAUCAUGUUUCAGGAGCUAGUGCUUUUGUCCCAGUCUACAUGCAUGUGCGAGUGAUAGUGGCAGCCUAUCUCUUUCUAACAGGUUAUGGACACUUCUCAUUCUUCUGGCUCAAAGGGGACUUUGGAUUGCCCAGACUGUGCCAGGUGCUCUUCAGGCUUAACUUCCUGGUGCUGGUGUUGUGUGCGGUGAUGGACAAGCCCUACCAGUUUUAUUACUUUGUUCCUCUGGUCUCAUUCUGGUUUGUGAUCAUUUACAGCACAUUGGCCUUGAGGCCACAGAUUGUGCAGAAAAAAGCCAACUGCAGUCGUCUGUGGCACCUGGGAAUGCUGCUUAAGUUGCUGGGGCUCCUGUUGCUCAUUUAUCUCUUUGCAUAUUCACAGAGGUUGUUUGAAAGAUGUUUCACAGCGUGGCCAAUAUCUGGGUUGUUUGAACUCCAUGGGAACAUUCAUGAGUGGUGGUUCCGCUGGAAAUUGGAUUGUUUUGUUGUGGUGCAGGGGAUGCUGUUUGCUUUCCUUUACCUGGUCCUUCAGAAGAACCAGAUGCUGUCAGAGAGCAGAGGACAGACUUUGUUCUCAGCCAAAGUAUCCAUCCCCCUCCUGCUCCUGUCUGUACUCUGUUUUACUACAUACUCAGUGUGGGCCAGCAACUGCACAGACAAAGCCCAGUGCAAUAAGACACACACAUACAUCUCUGUGGUCCCGAUUCUGGCCUUCAUUCUUAUCAGAAAUAUUCCAGGCUGUGUCCGCUCCAUGUAUAGUCCAUUCUUUGCAUGGUUUGGAAAAUUCUCCUUAGAGCUAUUUAUCUGCCAGUACCACAUCUGGCUGGCAGCAGACACAAAAAUGAUCUUAGUGCUCAUCCCUGGGAACCACACAGUCAACAUCCUGGUCAGCAGCUUUAUAUUUGUGUGUGUGGCUCAUGAGAUCUCGCUCAUCACCAGCGUCCUGGCCCAGCUGAUCAUUCCGAAAGACACUGUGGCUCUGCUGAAGACACUGAGAGCUGUGGCACUGCUCACUCUGCUGCUGACGGCAGCCUGUUUUGCCCGGCCUGAGAAAUACAUUUAA